UUCAUAAGCCUAGGUAAUUUCAAAAAAUGAAAGUGGUCUGUGCGAGUACGAUCUGCCAACAGCGCUUUGGUCAGAUCGUGUUUUGGCCAGUAGGCCAAGUUGUAGCAGUAGCAGUAUGUUUAGUCCCUCAUGAAUACAUUUGUACUUUGCCUCCUAUGAAAAAACAUUGUCAGGCUGAAAUGCGACUAUUACAUGACUUGCGCGACUACUUUUCCUCUCAAGUAGAGUCAGGGGAUGUUAAGGAAGAUUUCCAGGUUUUUCCAUAUUCUUUUCUAAUUUAACCCCCGUUAGUUUUGUUUGCGCAUGUCUAAAUGAGAUACCACUUGUUGACCCAAAGUGAACUAAAAAAUAGGGCGACCACUUCAUGCUCCACAGUGAAGUUAAAGGUAUAUAGUCCAGAAGCCAUUUUAUGAACACUUUAAUGUGCAUGAAUGAAGGAAAUCUUGAAGCCAUCAAAUAUUCAGGCCCACAUAAAGAGGCAUUAGUUCUAUGCUUCGUAUAGCUUCUUGACUUGUCGAGAAUAUACUACCUGUAUGAUUUUGUUAAUAUAAAAAACGC